CAGAAUGAUCUCAAUUUGUGUGUGUGUGUGUGACAAUUGACACGAGUCACAUAUACUCUCUUCCCUCUACUAUGUUUGUAAAUUUAUAAUUAAUUAAAAUUUAUAAAUAAAAAUGUUUAAUUUGCUAAAUUAUCUGGAAAAAUGUCAUUGAAAAAUAAGUCAAUCUAUGAUCGGCGUGGCGCAGCACACGCGUUAUUCUUUCAUGUAAGUAGAAAGUAAUCAUUCAAUCCUACAUUCAACAUCACUAAAAAAAAAAACAAAAAGAACAUUCGCAGUUGUCAGCGUUGCAUUAUCGCGUUACUAACAUAAAUACAGAUCAUAGAUCAUGUAAUUAAACGUACAUAUACAGAUAUUUAUCCGAGAUUCACUCAGAGACGUCAUGUGAUUGCUGUUCGCGGCAACGACAAUGUUAUCGCUGACCAUAUGACCAAAUUAGAAUUCGAGUUAACAAAAACGCAAAAAGAAAACAAACAAAUUGUUUUGUCAUAUACGAAUAUUAUACGAAUGAACUUUCGCGUUGAGGCGAUUGCCUCGAUUUUGCAGCAAACAUAACCUUUGAUAUUAUGGCGAGCACGGCUGAAAACAUUACCUGUAGUGGCUUUGUGUUUUUCAACAAUUUCGACUCGGCUAAUUUAGCUAAAGUAGAGCAAGUGAGAAUAUCGGAAAAAGCUGUUGAUAAAGAUGUGUAUGAAAUUGAUGAUAAAUCAUCUAGCAAUACUUUUAAUUCUAAAGAUGCAGUAGAUUAUGAAUUUAACUUAUGGACAAAGCACGACUGUCAUGGCACACAAUUUCAAAAUAACAACAGAACUUGGUUUUAUUUUGGAGUCAGAUCUAAUUGUCCAAGUGUCUCAGUUAAAUUUAACUUAGUUAAUUUGAACAAGCAAGUUAAGAUGUUUAGUCAAGGAAUGUGUCCAGUUUUUAAAAUUGUGCCAGGACAUUUAAAUUGGGAGCGAAUUCGUGAAAGACCUACUUAUACACUUGAUCAAAAAGGAAAUGAGUUUACUCUAUCGUUCCUUUAUUACACUCCAGAAAAUUCAAAAGCUAUUACUUAUUUUGCUUUUACCUAUCCAUUCUCAUAUACAGAUUUACAAAAUUAUUUGAAAAAAGUUGAUGCGAGAAUGGGAAAAGGGAGUGUAAUAUCUGAAGAUGAUAUCUAUUAUCACAGAGAAUGUGCAAUAAAAUCUUUGGAAGGUCGUAGAUUGGAUGUAUUAACAAUCAGCUCGUAUCAUAACAUAACACAAAAGAGAGAAGACAGACUGAAUAACAUGUUCCCUGAGUUAAGUGAAGAAAGACCUUACAAAUUUCGGGAUAAAAAAGUAAUUUUUAUUAGCGCCAGAGUCCAUCCAGGUGAAACACCAUCUAGCUUUGUUCUCAACGGUUUUCUCAAUUUUCUGUUAAACCGAGAAGAUCAAGUUGCAAUAAAUUUACGUCGCCUAUAUGUGUUCAAAUUAAUACCAAUGCUCAAUCCAGAUGGUGUUGCCAGAGGUCAUUAUAGAAUGGAUACUAAAGGAGUAAAUCUAAACAGAGUUUAUUUACAUCCCUCUCAAGUAGAUCACCCCACGAUAUAUGCCGCAAGAAAUUUAAUAAGAUAUUAUCAUCAUUCUUAUCAAGUGUCAAGUGAACCAGUUGACGAUGACCUGUCAAAUAUAAAUUUAGAAAUUAUGGAUAACAAUAUUAUAAAUUCAACCGCUUCGCUAGCUUCAAACCAUGCACGUGACACAACUACAAAACUGUUACAACAAGUAACACUCAUGUCAUUGGAUGAAAAAAAUAUGUACACUUUGGAAACCACUAAUAAGUUUUCGUUAGAACAUGCAGAUAGUACAUCUAUUGAUAAAAAAGAGGAACUAUCUAAAAGAAAUGAUAAAACCGAGAAUAUUACGGAAGAUCGAGCAAAUGACAGAUUAUUAAAUUAUACAACUGUGUGUUCAAGCGAGACACCAAAGUCUUCUAAUAAUUCUGGAUUAUAUUUAUACAUCGAUCUUCACGGUCAUGCUUCGAAGAAAGGUGUUUUUAUGUAUGGAAACCAUUUUACCGAUCCGGAAGACACUGUUACAUGCAUGCUGCUACCCAAAUUGAUGUCUAUCAACAAUCCACACUUCCAUUUUGCAUCGUGCAACUUUGCGGAACGGAACAUGUACAUUAUAGAUAAACGAGAUGGUAUGUCGAGAGAAGGCUCGGGACGCGUAGCAGUUUAUAGAAUGACUGGACUGAUACGUAGUUAUACUUUAGAGUGCAAUUACAAUUCCGGUCGUUUGGUGAACACAAUACCUCCUCGAGUUCGCGACAAGAUGAACAAAACUAUGAAUCGCAUAUUUAUUCCUCCAAAAUAUACUCCGGCUGUUUUUGAGACAGUCGGAGCAGCGCUAGGUCCUUCUAUACUCGAUCUCACUGAAAACAAUCCUAACAGUCGGUUGCCAAAUAGUCAGUAUCGUUCUCUGAGAGGAGUAAAAUCACAUUUGAAAUUAAUGUAUGUGAACAAUCUUUCUACACCGACCAACAAAUCAAUGCGUAAGGACAACGUAGAUGCUGUUGCACAAAAUACUUGUAUUUUAAAAGACGUAGAAACAAAAUUGAACGAUGCGAUGACGGGAACAAGAAAUGUUGUAAAAAAUGAAAACAAAUUAAUGAAAAAAUCUAUUCUCCGCCGUGGUGUAUCUCUUUACUCAGCGAUGAAAAGAAUCAAAAGUAGUAAGAAACCUCGGCAAACACGUCAAGCACUGAGGACUCACAGUGCUAACAACGUAGAGAACAGCACAGUAAUUUGUACAAUAAAGUCCGAAGUAAAACCAUUUUUAAAAACGAUUCAUUAUUGUCGAUCGACUAGAUCUAACAUAGAAUCAGUCAUUAGCAGCGACAUUCUAAAGCCGCGUUUAAAUAUAUGUACAAAUAAGAAAUUAAUUACUACAAGCAACUCAAUGAAGACAUGUAAUAUAUCUAUUGAAGAAACAACAGCGGUGAAACACGGUUCAAAAAGAUUGAAAAUGAUUUCGUCUACGAUGACCAAGAAUACUCUCUCCGAAAUUGAAGAAUCGUUUUGUUCUGAAACCAGCACUAAAGUAUCUUCAAAGAUGACACGUGUUCACGGUAAACAAAAUAUCAAAGAAAUAAACAAUAAAAUUCAAAUACCAGGCAAGUCUUCCAAGAUGAAAAAAAUGAAUAAAAACAGUUCUGUACUUGAAGAAGACACGAAGUAAAAACAUAAAUAAACUAAUUAGUUACAAUACUAAGAAAUUGCACUUUAUGUUCCGCUGUUAUUUUUCUGAAACUAUAAUUUUUAUUUGAAGUUUUUUCAUCAAAGAAAAAUCAUUUUUUUAAUUGCGAUUUAGAAAUUCUUAAUCAAUUUACGUUAUAUAAAAUAGAUACAAUCUGCAGUACCGGUUGUGAAUUUUGAAAUACAGAGUUACUAUUUUUUAACUGCUGACUUCGAUGACAGGUUUAAAUACUAUGUACUGAAGUCGUGCGCAUCCUAUAAGACAUUAUUUACGUCUGAUUAGUUAAAGAAAAAACAGUAUGUAUGUACGUACCAAUGUUUUAAUAUAAUAUGUAA